AUGCCUCUAACAGCAGACCUCCUCGCCUCAGACCCGGAAACCUACCGCCGCGCAACCCAAUCCCCCUUCCUCUCCGCCGCCGCAGCCGGCCAGACCCCCAAGCCCGUCCUCGGCCGCUGGCUCGCCAACGACAGGCUCUACAUCCACGCCUACAUCAAGGGCGUCGGCCGCCUCCUCUCCGCCCUCCGCCUCCCCUCCACCACAAGCCCGGCGCCCACGGUCCCGGACAAACUCGUGCAGUGGCUCGUCGACGCGCUCGUCAACGUCCGGCGCGAGGAGAAGUUCUUCGUCGACACAGCGCGGCGCUUCGGCAUCGAGGUCGAUCUGCCCGCCGGCCCCGACGGCGUCGUCAGGCAGGAGGAUAAGCUCGAGGGGCUGAGGCGGUUCGAGGGGCUCUUCGCGGGGUUCGAGACGGGAGGAGGGGAGUUGGAGUGGUUGGAGGGCGCGGUGUUGCUGUACGCGACGGAGAAGUGUUACCUCGACGCGUGGACGGGGGCGAGGGAGCAGUUGAAGGAGGAGGAGGGGGAUGGCAAAGGGGACGCGGAUGGGGGCGCGUUGAGGAGGGAGUUUAUCCCGAAUUGGAGCAGCGAGGAGUUUAGGGCCUUUGUGGAUGAGUUGGGCGGGAUUAUUGAUGAGGGUGUUGAGAAGGCUGGGAAGGGGGUCGAGGGGGAGCUGAAGGAGAGGGCGUUGAAGGUGUGGAGGGAGGUUUUGGUUGCUGAGGAGCACUUCUGGCCUGCUUUGCGAGUAUUGCAAAGUCGAGGGAAAGAGUCGUGCACAAGAUUUCACGCGGUUGGUUACAGAUGCAAAGAGUGUGUCUUUGUGGUCAAUGAAUUAUCAUUUGUUACCAACUACCAAAAGAGUUGA